UUGUUGGAUAUCUGGUAUCACUAGGAAUACAAUCUUUAGUACAAUUAAACAAGGUUCUAUCUUGUGUGUAUCACGAAGAGGAUUACAAUAUAUAAACAGGUACCCUCCAAGCUUAAUUAAUCGCAUUUUUACGGAUUUAUCGCAAUUUAGUACUGUUGUGGAACUAAUUGAGAGUACUAUUAGUGACUUUUGGUCACUAGACGGACAUAUAUGAAACAACAUCACCGUCUGAUGUUGAAAGUGUGUGUACAUUCAGUACGUUACCAUGGGACGAUAUAGGCAAAAUAAGAACUCCACUGAGCUUACCACGCGUGGUAAAGGUCAUACAACCGUUGGGAAGCUCUUGGAGAAUGAUUCCGGGGUAGUGAAGAAUGUAUGUCGCAACAUUGGCGAAGGGCUUUUAGAAAUGAAUAAAACAGUGACAGAAUGGAAAUCAGUCGAGAUUCCAGCGAAGAUAUAUCAGGGAAUGGAUAUGAAAAAAGGCCAUGAGGAUGCAUUCAGCUCAGCUGAUACACCUACGCAUCAGCUGUAUUCACCUCGUUCUCAAUGUGAUAAUGCCAUUGAGACUGUGCAUGAUAGAAAGGGUUUGUUCCCCGAGGAAGUGCUUCAUGAUGACCCCUUUGAUAUGAAAAAUAGGCCCACAAUAUCAUUGGGUGAUAUUAACCAGGGAUUGAAUUUGGAAGAGCUGUUGUACGGCCCUCUCCGUGAUGCCAGGAUAGAGACGCCUAUACUGUCCGCAUCCAGUGUGUCUAAUUACAGAUUCGAGCAGCCUAGGCCAUUUUGGCAUUUGUUUGACGCUAUUAAGUGUGAUGAUAUCUAUAGAAGUAGUGAGGACUGGGGUAUAGAUCGGUCUAUCUAUACCACUUACGCAAGAUCAGGUUUGUUCGCGGACUGCCACAAUGCGGACUCAGUGCAUCACGGGGAAUACUUGAUCGUGCCAGAGUGCGAAAAAUUCGCUGAAUACCGUAUACCCUUGGUUGUUUGCAUUAUAUCCACUAGUAGGGAAACCAGGGUUAACGAGGUACAAAAGGGUAUACCUCCAUUAGCCGUGAAUAUCCUGGAUAGGUACAUUGUGCAGCACAAGACCUCUAUGUCGAGGCUAGUGUCCAUAGCAUAUGCUCACUUUGACAAUACAUCGAGUGCUGCCAGCUCUAAGGCAGGAUCACUGUCAUCCAGCUUGAACACUGGUGACGUAGCCUCAUUGGAUGUAAACAACGUGGCCAAAGAGCUCAAGGAGAAGUAUAAAAAUGAUAAUCUGAUUAAACUAUGUUUCAAGUUUCUCUCGGAUGACGCCUUUGUCUCUAGGAAGACGAAACUAGAUCGAUUGGUCAAUGGCUUCGAUGAUGACAAUGCCGAUACGGAGUCUUGCUAUGACAGUGAUACUGAAGAUUCUGUAUCUGAAUACGAGUGCGGUACCAAGCUAAAGCUAUGUGUAGUCUACAACUUAAUUGCGGCGGCGUGCUUCUUUAUAGCGGAUAGGUACAAUGGUCUUUCCAAUACAUCGGUCAAAGCACUGUUAGUAACUUGGGAGGCCGUAAGCCACGCAUUUACCAAAACACGGGAUGCUGCUAGGUUUAUCAGGGAAAACAGGUCCCUAGCGUUAUCUAUCAUCAUGUCCUAUAUGUUUGAUAUCUACUUUGUCCUGGAUUACAAACUCACGAUACCCUUCCCGUGCCACAUGGUACAGGAUUUAAUCCUGUCGACUACUGACUUCAACUGUUCCCAGACGCCAUCGGAGCACAAUCUAUACCAGAAGCUGGCUGCUAUAUUAGCGCGCAUUGCCUACCUGGAUGACACGUUCCACAAAUACAGGCCUAGCAUUAUUACACUGUCUGUAUACAGCAUAGUGCGCAGAUUAGCUGUAUACAACAAAGUAGUUCAAGAUAGUGGCGCUUGGCUCCUGGUGGAUGAGACAGAUACUGAAAUAAAAUCGUGUUCCGAUCUGUUGAUCAGCACAUUCCAGCAAUAUGUCACUACUGACACACUGGAUGUACUGGCGCAGCCAGUAUACAUGAAACAUCAUGUUGACGAGCUGUUUGGGCUUAUUUUCGACGACCUGUGCGAGUGGAAUGCCAAGACGCUAAGGGGUAUUGCAAGUACCCUGACUUUACUGUGCUAGCAAGUUAACAUAAUG